GGUCAGCCUCAUCGCUAGACAUGGAUUCUGAGGAAAUGCACAAUGCUCAUUUUAGUAAUGUUCAAAAAACAGAUGAAGAAGUUAUGCUGUUGAAAAAAGAGCCAGAGUCUGUGGAAUGUUUUAAUGAAACGGAUACAAAAGAAAUAUCCAGCUACGGGUGUGAGAUUGAUAAACCAAUAAGACGCUUGGCACAAGAAAUUGAAAUUCUUCAACAUUGCGCCAUAGAAAAGGCAGAGCUUUGUGAGGCCACUGGUAACAUCAGAUAUGUAGUUGAAUCCAAUAUAUUUCGGAGAAUCGCUGAGGAGAAAAACCAAGAGCUCAAGAAGGUUAAAGGGUUGUUGGGAGCAAAAGUUAUCUAG